CCCCGCCCCCCCCCCGCGCGCGCGCCCCCCCCUCCCAGCCCCGCCCCUCUCUCGCUCGUCGCCAUUUUGUGUGAAGGCGGCGGCGGCAUCGCGUCGAGGCGAAGAGGAUGUCCUUUGAGCCGGUGGGUAACGGUAGCCUGAAGAUAGAAGAGGCAAUGGACGAAGAGCCAAUGGACACUACAACAGCGGCCGCCAACCACUCGGAGCACUUCCAGGCUCUGCUGGACUCGGGCAUUGGGUGGAAAGUGGCAGAGAAACUCAACGAGAUUUACCUGUCAGGGCUCGUGACCCACGGGGACUUGGACGGGCGAGCUUUGGAAGCACUGCGAGAGUUUAGCGAGGAGGGGGCGUUCGCUGUGCUGCAGCAGUUCAAGGAGAGCGACCUUUCGCACGUGCAGAACAAGAGUGCAUUCCUUUGCGGCGUAAUGAAGACCUACCGGCAGAGGGAGAAGCAAGGGGGGAAGGCCCCAGAAACCAACAAGGGGCCUGACGAGGCCAAAAUAAAGGAACUGCUGGAGAGGACUGGCUACACACUAGAUGUGACAACAGGGCAGAGGAAGUAUGGAGGGCCACCCCCAGAUGCAGUUUACAGUGGACAACAACCAGGCACGGGCACCGAGGUGUUUGUUGGCAAGAUCCCACGUGACUUGUUCGAGGACACAUUGGUGCCGCUGUUUGAGAAGGCGGGCCCCAUCUGGGACCUGCGACUCAUGAUGGACCCACUCACCGGACUUAAUCGAGGCUACGCGUUCCUCACCUACUGCAGCAAGGAUGCUGCUCUUGAGGCUGUCAAACUGUGCGACAACUACGAGAUCCGGCCAGGAAAGCACGUGGGCGUUUGCCUGUCCGUAGCCAACAACCGCCUCUUUGUGGGCUCUAUCCCCAAGAGCAAGACCAAGGAACAAAUUAUGGAGGAGUUUCAAGACAUAACAGAGGGCCUCACGGACGUCAUCUUAUACCAGCAAGUGGAGGACAAGCGCCGCAACCGCGGCUUCUGCUUCUUGGAAUUUGAGGACCACAAGACGGCAGCUCAGGCGCGGCGCCGCCUCAUGAGCGGCAAGAUCAAGGUGUUCGGCAUCCCCGUGUCGGUGGAGUGGGCUGACCCCAUCGAAGAGCCCGACCCAGAGAUCAUGUCCAAGGUCAAAGUGCUGUUCGUGCGCAAUCUGGCAUCGGCUGUGACGGAAGAGAUUCUGCAAGACACGUUCUCUGUGUUUGGCAAGCUGGAGCGCGUCAAGAAGCUCAAAGACUACGCCUUUGUGCAUUUUGAAGAUAGGGACGAUGCCGUCAAGGCCAUGGACGAGAUGAACGGGAAACCGCUUGAAGGGGAGCCCCUUGUGAUUGUGCUUGCAAAGCCGCCUGACAAGAAAAAGAAGGACCGGCAAGCCGAGCGACAGGCACAGCGCUUCAUGUCCCGGCAAGGAGGAUAUGAGGAACAUUAUUUCCGCAGCGUACGGGGAGGACGAGGCCUUGGGGGCCGCUCUGCAUACGCCUACCCACCCGACUAUUACCCCGGCUACGAUGACUACUAUGACGACUACUACGCAGGCUACGACUACCACGGCUACCGCGGCGGCUACGAGGACCCCUACUACGGCUACGACGAUGGCUACCGGCCACCCAGGGGAGGCGGCGUCAUGAUGCGUGGCAUCGGAGCCCUGGGCCGGGGCAGGGCGUUGGCGCGAGGGGGCGGCCGGGGAGGCAUCGGCGGCCCUUCCCAGCGCGGCACCCCCAGGGGUGGCGGAGGAGGCCCCCUCUCUCGUGGCCGAGGCCGCGGCGGACGAGGCCUGCGGGGUGCCAGGGGAGGCCGGGGAACCGGUAACCUCGGAGGCAAACGCAAGGCAGACGCCUACAACCAGCCGGACUCCAAGCGCCGCCAGAUGGGGAACCGGGGAGGGGGUGCCUGGGGAUCUCGUCCCAUCGCACAGAAGCCCCUGCAAGCGGGUGGCGGUGGCGACUAUGGCGGUAACUAUGGUUACAGCUCUGCAGACCAGGAGUUCUAUCAGGAUUCCUACGGGCAGCAGUGGAAGUGAAGUGGCAGAGGCAGAGCCAAGCCCAAAUGUGCCUGCCUCCUCUUGCGCAUUACCCUCCUGUAGGUUUGUGGGUUAGAUACCUCCAUAAUCCCCCACCCUCUGACGUACCCUCCCAGCUCUCCCCAUUCCUUACCCCUCUCAGUGAUUUGUUAGGUAUGUAUCUUCACUUCAUUUAUGGUAUAUCUUGGCAUUUAAAACAAAGCCGCCCAUUUUUCUGUUGCAUUUAGUUGCAUUGGCUUACUUCAACCGGACAUCUGCACACACCCAUGGUGGUCGCCUUAUCAGGCGAAACAAAGAUCAGUUUUCGACGCUGUCUGGCCCGAUGAGAACCUGCCAAGAUUUGAGAGAUGAAGAAGGCAUUCCAUUUUGGCUACUGUGACUCUGGCCAAAAUUUAUUUUUAUGGCCGAUAUUGCUGAAACGAACAGAAAGUGAAUGUUUUGAAGGGACAGCCCACCAUUGUCAUCUUCCGCAAAACUAAACACAUUUGCUUUUCAUUUCAAUUUGUCUGUAUUUGGGCAUACCGUAAACAUACUCGUGUCCAACAAUGUUCUAAAUUUUGCUGUUACAGAUUUUGCGGUUAAAAUUCUGGUUGUUUGAAUUAGAAAGUGCGCAGUACAUGCUACGUAAUAUGGUAGUCAAAUUUAGACGCGAAAUUUCUUUAUUGGCUUAUGGCUGUCCUCAAGGAUUAUUUUGCUUUGUUGCUUGUUGUUACUGUGUACUCUUUGUUUAUCUGCAUCCAUUAAAUAAAUUUUUUAUAAAUUCAAAAAAAAAAUUGAACAAAACGAUUUCAAGUAUGUGGCGACAAUUUAUUUGGACGGAAUUAAAAAUUUUACACACAAAUGCACGUCCGGUGAUCCACAUACUCCAAGCCCACAUGCAUUAGCAUUCCAAAUUGAAGUGUUCACACAAUGUUGAGUUACGUGUCGAUUAAACAAAAUUGAAAGGUGACCAAAGUUAUUUAAUGAAAACGCCAAAAAAUGUCCUUGCAUUUCACAAGCGAAAAACAUGAAACAUUUCAAAAACACAACUGACAAAAAAGCCUUUCAGUGAAAUUGUGAAACCGUUGAAGUGCACCCCACAACUUCAAAUGGGUGCUUUGUGAAGACUGCUCUCGUGCAUUAGCUCAUAAGAAGCUUGUGUUUUUGUUUGUGUUGUACUUUUGUAUUGGCCAAGAGACAGGGAGAGAAGACGAGGCAUGCGUGGUGUGAGCAUGCUUAAGAGUACAUACCUUUGGGGAGGGACUGCUGUUUAAUGGUUGCUUUUUGUCCCCUGGCUAGCAGGGCAGAGUGCCAGGCCGGUCCUGACCUGUUGUCAUGACGACCUGUCGCUAGGCGGCGUGGUUGCCGUGGAGACUGCUGGCGGGGAGCCCGUUGGUAAGAGCGAGCGAGCGAGACAGACCACGGAUUUUGCUUAGGUCAGCACUGCCUUGGCACCAUCAAACCUCCAUUGUUGCUCUGCACACUGUGCACGUGGAUCACAGCACAAUUCUGCAAUCGACCUGGGGGCUGAAAGACGGGUCUGUGACAGAACCUCUUGACCAGCACUGUAAAGCGAAUGAAAUUUCCCUAAGAAAUCUCGGGGAGGGGCUUGUCAACUUGUGGAAAUUUUGUCUGGUUUGUGUUUUUUUUACAUUCAACUUCUACACGCAAAAUUUUUAUUAAAGGCAGGUUUUACAGGCAGUGCAAGCAAAUAUUGUACUGCGUUUUUAGUACCAAACAAUUGUGCAAUUGCCGUGUCCAUUUUAAGACUUAUUAAAUAUUGCAAGAUGGUGGCAAUGUCUGGAUCUUUUGGGGUUUAGAGCAUAUUUCCUGGAGUGCCUGAUCUAAAAAUACCCAACAAGCCCCGUUGUGGGUCUGAGGUGAAGAAAUUGUGUUAAAAGAACUUUAAUCCUUGUGAACAUUUUCAAGUGAUGAGCUGUGAUCCAGCACUUUUCAAAUUCACUGACGUGUGCUUCUGCUUAUGAACAUGUGUGUUUAAAAAAGGGCUUGAAUCACAAUGUAUUCAAUUAUUUUUAGUGUUUCUAUUCAGCACAUUACACAAAUUCUAAAAGGUACAAAUUGUUAUGCGUGGAGAGGCAAGGAGUUUGAACAUUUUACUUCGAUGCUGUUUUGCCAAAUUUCUCAUCGCAUGGUGGUUUUUGGUAAAGUGAAGACAAAGGGGAAGAAUUUCCAAAUUGCAGUGUUUAAAAAAAGAAGAUCUAACUGCUGUGUUGGAGACCCAAGCAUCCAAAUGUUUCCAAUUUCGGCAAAAUCCUGCGACCCCAUGCGUGAGGCCCUGAUCAAGAAAGUCGCCGAUCGUAAACGUGCUCUCCUCGGCUGAGGAUGCAAAGGCCUAUCCUCUCAAUUUGGUGGUGGCCCUUAAUGUGCUGCUUGUGCUGUGUGUGCUUUUAUGGUAAGUGGUUAUGUAUACCCCCUUUUUUUCUCUCGUUUAUGGAAAAAUUUCUCAAGUUUAAUGAAUGGAAUGUUUAAUAUUAUUUGUGAAACAUCCAUUUGCAAGUGACAUUUUAAUCAUUGCCCAAUUUUUGUUACGGAGUUAAAGCCAUGUAACUGUUAAUUGUGUUCUCAUUUUUUUGUUUUUAGCUGAAAGAUGGAUGUGGUUCUUUGAGAUUCUGCCUGCAAGAGGUAAGUACCAAGGUAAGCUUUGCACAGUGGCCCAUUAAAUGAUGGUGCAUUGAGAGUGGUUCAUUUUUCCCCUAUUGAGUUGCAUUUUGUCCUGACUCCAUGUGAUGAUGGUCCACUAUUGACUGGCUGCAAAUGUGGGGCUUGCCUGCAAUCUAGCACUUCUGGGUUGAGGGAUCGCAUUCCUGGAACUCCCAACUGGAAAUGUUGAGUUUUCCCUUGCCUGGUUUGCCAGGGCGUGGCAUUACAAAAAGUGAAUUUUUCAUCUGUUCAAGGAUAUGUUGCCACCUCCCCCCCCAUUUCUGAGUACGUACUCUGGUUCCUCCUGCACAAACAGCAUUAAUAGUUGGGCAUUUGUUGACGCCAGUUCCAGCAGCUUUUUCGUACCAGGUUCCCUGCACUUGCCGUGUGAAAAACGCAUUCCAACCAGCAUUUUGAGGUGCAAUUUUCAUGGAUAUAACUUCAUUUUUAGUCCGAGCAAUUGAUGUUCAAGAUUGUCACUGAAAAAGUGGGAUGAGCCACAUGCAUAAGCUACAUCGGAACUAAACUAUUGAGUGAACAGUUCUGACAGUAUAAGCACUUCUCAUCUGUAACUCGCUGUUGAAUAAAGUAUGGUUAAAAUGUAA